GCGCGUUGAAGCCGGAGCGCGGCGGUGCGGGGCGGGGCCGUGCGAGCAGCGGUGCGGAGGUCUGUAGCGCUUGUGCUGUCGGCAGCACGCUGUUUCUCGGUGCGUUCGCCGAGCUGGGCGAUGUGUCGCAGGCAUCUUGUUGCAAUCGAGUUUACUUGUGAGUUUUGGAAGACGAGUAUGCAGGAAGUUUCCUGCUAACCCAGCACGCGUUCCUUUGGGUGUCGUCUCCGCGUUCCUGUUGACGUUCGGGUAGCGGCGGUGCGCUGAGCACGGCCGCGUUUUUUAAUCGAAAAGCUGAAGGCGUCCGUUCGUCUUACGUCUGGAGUCGGAUUUCAGAAAGAAGAGGUAGUUAUGUCAGCACUGAGCUGGAAGCCCUUUCUCUAUGGAGGCUUAGCAUCAAUCACUGCAGAAUGUGGUACUUUCCCAAUUGAUCUGACUAAAACACGUCUGCAAAUUCAAGGUCAAGUUAAUGAUGCCAAAUAUAAAGAGAUCCGCUACCGAGGAAUGAUGCAUGCCCUGGUCAGAAUAUUCAGAGAAGAAGGAUUGAAAGCCUUAUACUCUGGGAUUGCGCCUGCAAUGUUACGCCAGGCUUCAUAUGGAACUAUAAAAAUAGGCACUUACCAGAGCUUAAAAAGAAUGUUUGUUGAACAUCCAGAAGAUGAAACUCUGAUGAUAAAUGUUCUGUGUGGCAUUCUUUCGGGAGUAAUUUCAUCAUCUAUUGCCAACCCGACAGAUGUCUUAAAGAUCAGAAUGCAAGCCCAAGGCAGUGUGAUUCAAGGAGGAAUGAUGUGCAACUUUAUCCAGAUCUAUCAAAACGAAGGAACUAAAGGAUUAUGGAAGGGGGUAUCUCUGACAGCACAGAGAGCUGCUUUAGUUGUUGGAGUGGAAUUACCAGUAUAUGACUUCACCAAGAAGCAAAUAAUCAUGUCUGGAUAUAUGGGAGACACAGUGUAUACUCACUUCCUCUCGAGUUUUACUUGUGGGCUAGCUGGAGCCCUAGCAUCCAACCCAGUUGAUGUGGUGAGAACACGCAUGAUGAAUCAGGCGAGCCAUCCAAAUGGGGGGCACUCAAACUACAAGGGUACUUUGGAUUGCUUGUUGCAAACCUUGAAGAACGAGGGCUUCUUUGCACUCUAUAAAGGGUUUUGGCCGAACUGGUUAAGACUUGGUCCUUGGAAUAUCAUUUUCUUUGUGACAUAUGAACAGCUGAAGAAAUUAGACUUGUGAUGUCCUGACCCAUAGACUGAAUUCAGCUCACUGGCUUUAGAGCAACUUGCAAGUUACCUUGAGUAGAUCCAAGGAAGAGGUAAUCAGAAGACUUUGGAGGAGAGCCAUCUAGAAGUGAAGUGACUUCUGCAAACUCUGGCUUCUUUGACACAGUGGCUUGCUCACGUGAUUAAGUGGAUGAUGUGCACUAUUUUUGAGUCUGAACCAAAAGAAAACACCAAAAACAGCAAUGCCAAAUGGCAGAGACGCUCACAGAAUCAGCAACAACUGAGAAUGCUGACAUCCCACAUAGGUGUCCCCCCCCUCCAAAAGGCUGGAGCAGCCUGGAAGGGAUGCCAUCUGUGCCUUAAAAUAGGAACCACUAAAAGGCCAGCCACCAAAAAGCAAUAUUCCCCCACAUAGCACCCCCAAAAGGCUGGUUCCCUACUAUGAAAACAAAACACAGCCUCCAAAAGCAGACACUUCCACAGAGAAUUUUUGUACCUCUCCAAAAUAGCCACUAACCCUAGAAAAGGUCUUGGAGGUCUUCUCUGACCUUCAUGUUUCUAUGAAAUCCCCAGUGUCUGAAGACCCUAUCCAUCAAGUAAUAACCCAGAUAGGCAACUCUUCCCCCUGGGCUUGUGCUCACUCUGGCUGCCCUGUGGAUGGGCAUCCCACCACAAGUUCAUGGUUAGGAGGUGGGUUGUUAAUAGCAUACGAGGCCAUUUCUCAGGUCAGAUGGGUUUUGUGUAUCUGCUCACAUUCAUCUUCACUGUAGUUGUUGCCACGCUGCAAUUGAAAUAUUUGUAAAUACUUUUGUACAAAUUAUGUCUAACUUUUAUUAUGUGUAUUAAAGAUUUUGAAAUAA